AUAACGUGCUCUUGCUAUUUGAUUACGUUCAGAAAAAUAAUUACAAAUUGCAUACGUUCAUGUAAUACGAAAUAACGAGAGAAAUUUUACAUACCUUACAGGCAACAAAAAAAUUUUAAUCAAAUCAGACUGAUCGCAGUAUAUAUCACAACGAGCAUAUAUCAGCUGAUAGCUGAACACCCGCAACCCGCAACGUCGACUGUAGGACCGAUGAAAGCGCAAACGCCAAAGGUGGAAGAUGUAAGAGAUUCCAGUGACCAGUUUAAUGGAUCAUUAUGGCUAUAUUUAAACCAAAUUCAACUAUAUACUUUUUGAAAAUAAUUGGAUUAUUUAGAUAAUGCAGAUUUUUUUUAAAUUAUAUAAAACAUACAAAUAAUGUCCUUUAGAAUACGCUUAGCUCGCAGUAGGCCAAUUAAACUUUUAGGAAAUGUGGCUAUGAAGUGUUGGGCCUUCAGCGGAGCUUAUAUUCUUGUAUGCUUUUUCUUAUAUUGGUUAUAUGGCGGAGUCUUGGCUUUCUUCUUACUCUGUUUUGCCACAACUGGAAUACUCUAUCACAGAGAAGAUCAACUUCUUUAUCACCCAGAACUGCCAGCUCAUUCCAGAGUUUACGUACCAGCUCCCUCAAUAUUCAGUUUACCGUAUCAAAGUAUAUAUACCAGAGCUGGAGAUGGUACAAUGUUGCAUAUGUUUUUUGUUUCCCAACCAGAAGAUAGAGUGAGAAAAGCACCUACAUUGCUAUUUCUUCAUGGCAAUGCUGGCAACAUGGGCCAUCGAUUACAGAAUAUAGUAGGACAAUAUCAUAACAUUCAAUGUAACAUUUUAAUGUUAGAAUAUCGAGGAUAUGGCCUGUCACAGGGCACUCCAUCGGAAGAGGGUCUCUAUAUGGAUGCUCGAGCGGGAAUAGAUUACCUAUUUAGCAGAACUGAUAUUAAUACUAAUGAAAUCAUUGUAUUUGGUAGAUCAUUAGGUGGAGCAGUAGCAAUUGAUUUAGCUACAAAAGAGGAAAAUUCACAGAGAAUUUGGUGCCUUAUACUUGAAAACACCUUUACCAGUAUCCCAGAUAUGGCCGCCUUAUUUGUAGGAUCUAAAUUUUUACAAUAUCUGCCACUCUUUGUAUACAAAAACAAGUAUUUGUCAAUCCUAAAAGUUCGCUCAGUAACAGUUCCCACUCUGUUCAUUUCCGGUCUGGCGGACACGCUGGUACCACCUCGUAUGAUGCAAGAUCUUUACAAGAAUUGCCGAAGCACGUACAAACGUAUUCUUCCAAUCGUGGAUGGCACACAUAAUGAAACUUGGUGUCAGCCAGGUUAUUAUCAAAAUAUUAAUACUUUUCUGACCGAGCUCAGGGAAAAUCCACAACCAAGGAUAACAUCUAAUCAUUGGCAAAUUGAUAACAUUUAGUGAAAAAAUGCUUUCGUUACCAUAUCUAUUAUUAUUAUCUAUAAACAUAGAUGCAAAAUUAUUUUUAUGUAUUAAAGACACGAAAGAAUUAACUUUUGCAUCGAACUUUUUCUAUAUUUCGUAGAAAUUUUUUAAAUUACAGAAAUGAAGUCCAUUUUAUCACUCAGAA